UUAGCCUUAGCCUUAGAUCUAGUAAUUUAUAGAUCUACUCUUUGUCUAUACUGAGUAUACUAUUACUACGCUAAUACGAGUCACUAUUGUGACUGUCGUAUUGAGGUCUAUAGAUCUAGAUCUACAUCUAUAUUGACUAUGAAUGAUUGAUUAAUAUUUGAUAAUUUGAUUGUAAUGAUAGUGACAUUAGUGAUAUUGCCACUCACUAUGACUAGUAGAUCUAAUAGUAGUAUGACUACUAUUUACUAUGACUAUGAGUGAUUGUAAUGUUUAAAUUGUUUACUUAAGCCUUAAGCCCGGGCCUUAACUUAAGGAUGUACUUCGGAUUCCUAAAUUGCUUGUUGUUUAGUGUUUGUUUAAUGGCAUGCAUGGAUUUGAUGAAAGCUUAUCCUGAUACACAAAACGGAGUGGAAGUGACUCCAUCACUUGACCUAGACAACUUAGAUCUAGAUCUAGAUCAAGAGGAUAACUUAGAUCUAAAUCUAGAGGCAGAGGAUUCUAAAACUACAAAAGCUUUACCUUUGACUACUGGUAAUCCUCCUAAAGAUUUAAGUCUAAAACUAUAUAAUUUAGAUCUGGAUCAGCCUUCUAUAGAUGAUUUAGGCUUUGAUCUGUUUGAAAAAGCUGACAAGUCCAGUUCUAUUAAUGAAAAUAGGCCUGAGGCUAAAGUUGAGCCAGACAGUAAUAGCCCCAUAAAACUUAAUAAUAUAACAAGUAAACCAGAACAGGAUAAUAUUAAUAAUGAUGACAUAAAAGUGGAAUAUAAUGAGACAGAGUCAAUAGAUCUGUUAGACGAUUUAAAUUUAUCUAAGAAUGUGCCAGAAUCAGAUCUCUUUCUUGAAGAAGAUGAUGACAAUGUAGAAUUAGCAGAAGAUGACAAAGUUAUUACCACUGAAAAACCAAGUGUUGAUAGAGAAAAUAACUCUAACUACAAAACUGAAGCAGGAAAGACAGAGGAUUUGAUUAAAGCUAAAGACGAAAUUGGUCUGUCAAAUCUGAUUGCACCGGAAGAUGAAGAUAAACAUUACCAAUAUAAAGACAGACAGGGUGCUAAGGGGGUAAGAACAUCAGACAAAUUUAGGGAAGAUGAUCACUUACAGAAUUUAUCUCCGAGCAAACAGAUUCAGAGAAGUAGUAAUAGAAAGACUCUUUUAAAAUCCCAGGAUGACAUCAUUCGAGAAGGUAGUCAAGAGCAUGAGGAUUCAAAAACACUUAGCAUAAAAAAUGGAAAUGUAUUGUUGAAAAGUAAAACUGCAAAUCUAGAAGAAGAAAGCAAACUUGUUCCUGAUAAACCUGAUGCAACUGAUUCCAAUAUUGAAAGUAGUAAAGACAAAUCACCACUCCCUAACAAUCCAGAUCAUGAUACCAUAUCUCUGUCUAAAGAAGGUACUCCUGUUAAGGAACAAGGUAGAAAAGCUAAGGAUGGAUUGUUACAAAAAUUAUCUUCUCUUAAUGAGAAGAACUUUUUAAAUCAAGAAAAUGAAAACUUAAAAAAUCAAUCACAAGCUGAUAAAGAAACAGUUGACCAAUUAGAAACCAAACACAUUUCUGUCAAAGCAAAGGGUAGAAAAGAAGCAGACUUUGGGUUAGCACUUCAAGACAAUGUACAAGACAGCCAAGGCACUGACAGAAUAGAUACAAAUUUACCAUCUCUUGCGAAAGAAGAAGAUAAAAAUUCUGACUCAUUAAAAACUCUUAUAGUACCUCCUUAUCGUAGUAAUGAUAGACGUCUUAAUGAAAGAAAGUCAAAAUUGCCUUCUUUUUCUCAGAAGUCAAAGAGUAAAGACAAUUAUACAUUUCAACCAAACUUGCCUUUUGUAGUUGAUCAACAAGAUUAUACAUUCACUGACACAAAAUUACUACAAUAUAAUAGAAAAAAAUCUGAAAAUGAAUACAUUAAUAAAAAAGUAACAUUAGCUGAUGAUUAUAAAGAAGAGAGCAAAGGCAGAGUAACUACUCACUUUACCUCUAAUUCUAAGGAGCUAUUGGCUGACAAAUUUAAAUCCAAACAAGAUUUUCAUAUCAGUCAUAAAAAUAGUAAUGAGAGAACAAAUUUUGGACUGCCAAAAAUAAAUCAGAAUGUCAAAAACAGUACCAUCAAAUCACCUUUACCUGAUGAUGAUAAACUAGAGAGUUUGGAAACAGAGACAGAAUUAUCCCUAUCUAAAGAAAAUGAGCUACAAAGUAAAGACAGGGACAAUCAAAUAUUAUCAGAAACUUUUGAUAAUGAACUAGAGAGUAAAGAAAUGAGCACCAAAUCAAAAUUAAAUGAGCUAGAGGGUAAACUAAUUGAAACUGAAUCACCACAACUUAUGGAUACUGAUAAAGAAAGGAAGAAAGUCAACACACAAUCAGCACAAACUAAUGAGGAUGAACAAGGGAAUGACACUGAAUGGCCACAACCUAAUAAUGAUAAGUUGAAGAUUAAGCAAAUUGACAAUGAAGCACCACAACCUAAUGAUGAUGAAUUAGAGAGUAAACCAAUUGAUACUAAAUUGCCACAACUUAAUGAUGAUAAGUUCAAGAGUAAACAAAUUGACAAUGAAGCACCACAACCUAAUGAUGAUGAAUUAGAGAGUAAACCAAUUGAUACUGAAUUGCCACAAUUUAAAGAUGAUGAGUUGGAGAGUAAACAAACUGACACUGAAACACCACAACCUAAUGAUGAUGAAUUAGAGAGUAAACCAAUUGAUACUGAAUUGCCACAAUUUAAAGAUGAUGAGUUGGAGAGUAAACAAAUUGACACUGAAUCUUCACAACCUAAUGAUGUUGAAUUAGAGUCUAAACAAAUUGACACUGAAACACCACAACCUAAUGAUGAUAAAUUAGAGAGUAAACCAAUUGAUACUAAAUUGCCACAAUCUAAUGAUGAUGAGUUGGAGAGUAAACAAAUUGACACUGAAUCUUCACAACCUAAUGAUGAUAAAUUAGAGAGUAAACCAAUUGAUACUGAAUUGCUACAAUCUAAAGAUGAUGAAUUAGAGAGUAAACAAAUUGACACUGAAGCACCACAUCAUAAUAAUGAUGUCUUGGAGAGUAAACAUAUUGACACUGAAGCACCACAACCUGAUGAUGUUGAAUUAGAGAGUAAACAAAUUGACACUAAAUUGCCACUGUCUUAUGAUGAUGACUUGGAGAGUAAACAAAUUGACACUAAAUUGCCAAAACCUAGUGAUGAUGAGUUUGAGAGUAAAGACACUGAUAACAAAAUUGUGAAAUUACAAUUACCUGGUAAAGAAUCUAACAGAUUAGAUGAAAAGAAGGAUUCUUUUGAUAGUGAAAAUGAAGAAUCUCCUGGAGAAGACAUUAUAAAUCGUCAACUUUCAUCUUAUAAGAAUAACUUAAAUGUAUCUAGAUCUCAGGAAAACAAGAAUAGCUACAAAGGUGACAUUGGUAAUAAACCACUUGAAGAUGAAAAUGAAACAGAAAGAGAAGGGGAUGAUGAAAACUACACAGAUAAUAAUGAUGACAAUGAGGAGUCAAAAUCAGAUUAUGUAAACAGGGAAGGCGAGGAAGUUGAUGAGACACCAGAAGAAGACGAUCAUGAUAUUGAACCAGAUGAGCAUUAUGAUACAAAUAAGUGGUUCAAACCUGGCAAUAAAGAGAAAGUUGCAGCUGAUAUUGACAACACAGAGAAUGUUGUUGAUGAUUUUGAUGAGGAUGAGAUUCGUAAGCAAGCAAACUUCAGCAAACACCCCACUGCUCCAUCCAGCAUGGUGUUAUUAUACACAUGGAUGAUAGUGGCCAUUCUCAUUGUUGUGGUGGGCAUAUCUACAUAUCAGUCAAGGUGUAAAGGGCUGAAGUUUCCUUUCUUGUCCAAGAAAUCCUCACAUGGAGAGGAUAAAAAACGUUUGUUGGAUCACGAAUUUGUUUAAACAUUCUGUCAUGUAUUAUUUGGUCUCUACGGAAAGUAUUAAAGGACAUUAUCUUUCAGAGAAUCAUUUUAGAAACAUUGGUAUGAUGUAUUUUGUUUACAUUUCCAGAUUUUUUUUCUUUUUUUUUUGUGCUUUACUCAUAAUAACACUAAUAGCUUAUUGUUCAUUUUUGUCAUUCUCAUAAAGGACUUAUUUGAUUUGUAAAAAGGUGAGGGAUUCCAAGACUUGAUUUCAACUACUCAUUUAGUGUGUGCACUAUAGCUUCAUUGUAAUCUUGUUUAUACUGGAUCAUAUUUUUUUUUGGCAUUUAAAAUUUAAAUCCAAUAUUCCCUUUUUUUUAUGCAAGGUUAAAACAUUCUUCUUCAAAAAUAGUUGGAUUGAUGGACCCUUAUUUAUUGACUUAAAAAAAACAAAACAACAACAAUGUAUAAUCAUUAAAAUAAUCAUAAACUUUUGUUCUGAAUCAAUUGGUGAUCAAGUAGAUUCCAAAUUUAAUAUUAGUCUGCAUGUUCUAUCAAGCUUUUUUUUUCUUCUGUGGUUAAAGUUUUAAAAAAAUUAUAUUUUAUUAAAAUUGAUAAAUUAUUUCUAAUUGAUGAGAGAGACUCCCGGUGGAUAUAGAAUCUAUGUUUGUGUGGUGUGUCAGCUUUAAGAUACUAUAGAGUAUUUAGUAAUAAAAAAUGUAAAACAAACAAUCCAUUUCGAAAAUGAUAAUUUAGAAUUCAGACUUGUAUUUUAUUCAGCUAACAAAACAUUUUUUUUUUAACUUUCUUCAAAUUGAAUUGAAAAUCAUUGCUACAUUUCUGCCCACUUCUCUUGUGUUGCUACAUUUCAGGUCCAUCAUCCAUAUUUGUGCUCUUACUUUACUUAAUAAUAAGGUUCAUAUUUUUCUCUUGUCCAAUUAUCCUUCUAACUGAAAUAUUUUGACACUUAAUUUUAUUUACCAUAUGUUUUGGUCUUCACUAAUAAGAACAAGUUGAACAAAUUGUCUCUUUGUUUAAAUAAUCACUGGACACAUUUUUUUUUUUUUUGCUGAUAAAGUUUACAAAUAACUGAUGGAAUAUGUUAAUGUUCACCAAUAACUGUUUGUUAAAGUUCACCAAUAACUAAUGGAAGUUUGUUAGUUGAUAUCUGAAUGACUGAUGAAUGAAUACAUGAAGUAAUCAGCUAACAAGAUUAAGAAGUCCAACAUAAUGCACUGCUUGUACAAGUGUGCAUUUAAUAUUAUUUAUUUUAAUGUGUAAUGUUCCUCUUACGCUCCCUUACUAUGUCCAUUGUUUUCAUCAGCCUGUUCAUGCAGCUUUGGUAUAUUCUUAUGACCGAUACUCAAAUGUUCUCAAGUAUUAGUACUUAAACCAAGAUUUUGAUUUUCAGUAAAACAUAUAAAUAUUAUCUUAGAAAGAAUGUGAACAUUGAAAUAAGCAGUCACUUAAAUCUCAUGAUACAUUUCUAAUUUCAAUUAGAUAAUUAAUUUAACAUUGUACUGUAAUUCAUGAUACAUAAAUCACAGAAAUAGUGUUCCAGAAUAAUUUAUGAACAAAAAACAACGUAUACUAUUUUGUUUUGAUUAUUGAUGACAAACUUAAUGAACAAAAAAAUUGGCUGAUUUUUAUUCAGUGAAGCAUAAUUCCAGCAGUGUAAUAUUUCAUCAUAUACGAUUUAGAACUAGUUGAAUGCAAUUAUUUUUGUAAAUUUAGUCAAUAUCAACAUCCAUUUUAAAGUUAUGGAAUAUUCUCAUGACUUGGAUUUGAUAUAGAGUUCACAUUCCUGUUUAUUUUGCAACACUUUGCAACUAGAAACUUUUGAAAUGGUAUUGAAACAGUGUUUUGGAGUCAAGAUAUUUCUUACAUUUCAUUGGUUUUAAAUUUUGUUUUUACUAUCUUGAAUGUGAGAAGGUUUUUAGAAAUUUCUGUUACUUUGUAUGAAAUCUUUGUUCUAUUACUUCCCCUCUGAUUGUGUGAAUGUUUAUUACAAACUUCUAAUAUCUCUUUGUUUUUAUGUACAGAAAUAUAUAAAUACUUGCCAAAAAUAAAAUACUAUCCUUGCAAGUAUUUCUUUGAAUUUUGAUGCUAUGAAAAAACUGCCUAACAAAAAUAUUUCUCUGAACAAAUAUUAUUUGAAUACUUUGACAUACAUUUUUGUUUAAACAAUAGCGCAUCUAUAGAAAUCAAAUAUAAAAGUGCCUUGAAAUUAUUUUUAUGAAGAGAUCAAAGACAUGGUUUUGCUGUAAUGCUUUUUAUUGUUUAUAAAUUGUAUUGAUGUGUAUAAUACCCUGAUAGUUCCUGUUAAAUAUUACACAUAAUUUCAGCUGUAAAUAGCCAAGGGGGAUAUCUUAAUGAUAUUAAUGUUUGGUUUUGUGUGACUCAUUUGUGUUGACCAUAAUUAUUUUGUAUUCUGAUUAGAAAGCAAUUUUUUUCAGAUGUAUUGAUUUUUUUUUUUUUUUAGAUGUUACAAAGAUAUGAAUAUGAAAGCUACAGAUAUUGUUUUUAUUUCUAUGAAUCUCUUGACAUUGUAAACAUUUAAGUAUAUAUAGUAUUUAGUGGGCACUUUUUUUUUAUAUUGAGGGAGAAAAUUCAUUAAUAGGAUUUUUUGUAUAAAAACUAAUAAAUAUUUUUUUAUUAUAUACA